GGCUGUCAUUCAUCUGCCGCCAGCCCCGCCCCUCGCGGUUGCAGCCGGCGCGGAGCCGGGACGCACCGGCCACCGACCAGCACGAGCCAUGGCUUCUGUCCCUGCGGAGGCCGAGACCCGCCAGAGGCUGCUGCGCACCGUGAAGAAGGAGGUGAAGCAGAUCAUGGAGGAGGCCGUUACCCGAAAGUUUGUCCACGAGGACAGCAGCCACAUCAUCUCCUUCUGUGCGGCAGUGGAGGCCUGCGUGCUGCACGGGCUGAGGCGGAGGGCUGCCGGCUUCCUGCGGAGCAACAAGAUCGCGGCGCUCUUCAUGAAGGUGGGCAAAGGCUUCCCUCCAGCCGAGGAGCUGAGCCGCAAGGUGCAGGAUCUGGAGCAACUCAUCGAGAGCGCGCGAAACCAGAUCCAGGGCCUGCAGGAGAAUGUGCGGAAGCUGCCGAAGCUGCCCAACCUGUCUCCGCUGGCCAUCAAGCACCUGUGGAUCCGCACCGCCCUGUUUGAGAGGGUCCUGGACAAAAUAGUCCACUAUCUGGUGGAGAACAGCAGUAAAUACUAUGAGAAGGAGGCUCUCCUGAUGGACCCUGUGGACGGCCCCAUCCUUGCCUCUUUGUUGGUGGGGCCCUGUGCCCUGGAGUAUACCAAGAUGAAGACGGCUGACCACUUCUGGACCGACCCCUCGGCCGAUGAACUGGUCCAGAGACACCGAAUCCACAGCUCACACCUGAGACAGGACUCGCCCACCAAGCGGCCGGCACUCUGCAUCCAGAAGAGGCAUUCCAGUGGCAGCAUGGACGACCGACCAUCCAUCUCCGCCCGGGACUACGUAGAGUCCCUGCAUCAGAACUCUAGGGCCACCCUGCUCUACGGCAAGAACAAUGUCCUGGUUCAGCCAAGGGAUGAUAUGGAGGCUGUGCCCGGGUACCUGUCUCUGCACCAGACAGCUGAUGUCAUGACUUUGAAGUGGACACCCAACCAGCUGAUGAACGGGUCUGUUGGAGACCUGGACUACGAGAAGAGCGUCUACUGGGACUACGCUGUGACGAUCCGCUUAGAGGAAAUUGUUUACCUGCACUGUCACCAGCAAGUGGACAGUGGUGGGACUGUCGUGCUGGUGAGCCAGGACGUCCAGAGGCCGCCCUUCCGCUUCCCCAAGGGUGGGCACCUGUUACAAUUCCUCUCCUGCCUGGAGAAUGGGCUGCUUCCGCACGGGCAGCUGGACCCACCGCUUUGGUCACAGCGAGGAAAGGGGAAGGUAUUUCCUAAGCUGCGCAAGCGGAGCCCACAAGGAUCCUCGGAGUCCACCUCUUCAGACAAAGAGGACGACGAAGCCACCGAUUACGUGUUCCGCAUCAUCUACCCCGGCAUGCAGUCUGAAUUCGUUGCCCUUGACCUCUUGGGCAGCCCUCGACCCGUGUCCGCUGGCCCUGCCUGGAUGAUGCUUGCUGCUGGCCAGUCCGUUCUGGUGGUGGCCAGGGGGAUCCAUUGGGCACAAACCAGAGGGUACCUCACCGUCCCCACUCGGAGUGUGAAGGAGCAGCCCCCCAUGCCCCAGGACCUGAUGGAUGUCUCCGUGAACAACCUUCCAUCCCUAUGGCAACCCAGUCCUCGGAAGUCCUCCUGCUCCUCCUGUUCACAGAGCGCCUCAGCCGAGGGCGGCUCGACCAAUGGCUGCAACCACGAGAGGGCUCCACUGAAACUGCUCUGUGAUAACAUGAAGUACCAGAUCCUCUCCAGAGCCUUCUAUGGAUGGCUCGCGUACUGUAGACACCUGUCCACCGUGAGGACCCACCUGUCAGCCCUGGUCAAUCACAUGAUCGUGUCUCCAGACCUGCCCUGUGAUGCUGGGCAAGGGUUGACGGCCAGCAUCUGGGAGCAGUACAUCCGGGACAGCACGACUUACCCGGAGCAGGAGCUGCUGCGGCUCAUCUACUUCGGGGGUGUCCAGCCCGAGAUCCGCAGGGCAGUCUGGCCCUUCCUCCUCGGUCACUACCAGUUCGGGAUGACGGAGAUGGAGAGGAAGGAGGUGGAUGAGCAGAUCCACGCCUGCUACGCACAAACCAUGUCGGAGUGGCUGGGCUGCGAGGCGAUUGUGAGACAGAGAGAGCGGGAGUCCCACGCUGCUGCCCUGGCCAAGUGCUCCUCAGGGGCUAGCCUGGACAGUCACCUUCACCGGAUGCUGCACCGGGACUCCACCAUCAGCAACGAGUCCUCCCAAAGCUGCAGCUCAGGCCGCCAGAACCUCCGACUGCAGAGCGACUCCAGCAGCAGCACCCAGGUAUUUGAGUCUGUGGAUGAGGUGGAGCAGACGGAGGUGGAAGGCAGGUCGGAGGAGAAACAACCCAAAGUCCCCAAUGGGAACCCGGCAAAUGGCACUUGCUCCCCAGACUCUGGACACCCUUCUUCCCACAACUUCUCCUCCGGCCUCUCCGAGCACUCGGAGCCCAGUCUCAGCACCGAAGACAGUGUUCUGGAUGCCCAGCGCAGCCUCCCCGCUGCGUUCCGACCUGGGGACAGCAGUGUGGAAGACGGCCAGAGCAGCGAAGCCACCACGUCCCGGGACGAGGCCCCUCGGGAGGAGCUGGCUGUGCAAGACAGUCUCGAGAGUGACCUCCUCGCCAACGAGAGCAUGGAGGAGUUCAUGUCCAUCCCGGGCAGCCUGGACGUGGCCCUGCCUGAGAAGGACGGGGCCAUGGCCACGGAGGGCUGGCCCAGCGAGACGGACAAGCACGGCCGCGCUGACAGCGAGGACAACCUCUCUGAGGAGCCUGAGAUGGAGAGCCUCUUCCCGGCCCUGGCUUCUCUGGCUGUGACCUCCUCUGCCAACAACGAGGCGUCACCCGUGUCUUCCAGUGGUGUCACCUACUCUCCGGAGCUACUGGACCUGUACACGGUGAACCUGCACCGCAUUGAGAAAGACGUGCAGAGGUGUGACCGCAGCUACUGGUACUUCACAGCCACCAACCUGGAGAAGCUGAGGAACAUCAUGUGCAGCUACAUCUGGCAGCACAUUGAGAUUGGCUAUGUCCAGGGCAUGUGUGACCUUCUGGCCCCGCUGCUGGUCAUCCUGGAUGAUGAGGCCCUGGCCUUCAGCUGCUUCACGGAGCUCAUGAAGAGGAUGAACCAAAACUUCCCCCAUGGAGGCGCCAUGGACACGCACUUUGCCAACAUGAGGUCCCUGAUCCAGAUCCUGGACUCGGAGCUCUUCGAGCUGAUGCAUCAGAACGGGGACUACACCCACUUCUAUUUCUGCUACCGUUGGUUCCUGCUGGAUUUCAAACGAGAGCUGGUCUAUGACGACGUUUUCUCCGUGUGGGAGACUAUCUGGGCAGCUAAGCACGUGUCCUCUGCCCACUAUGUGCUGUUCAUCGCGCUGGCCCUGGUGGAGGUCUACCGAGACAUCAUCCUGGAGAACAACAUGGACUUCACAGACAUCAUCAAGUUCUUCAACGAAAUGGCUGAGCGGCACAAUGCGAAGCAGAUCCUGCAGCUGGCGCGGGACCUGGUGCACAAAGUGCAGAUUCUGAUCGAGAACAAGUGAGGGGCCGCAGCGGCAGGCAUCCCUGCUGUCCACCCCUUCCCCUCCUGCAGCCCGGCACGAGGUCCUGCGUCUGUUGGACCAGUGCGGACUUCUGUACAGAGAGCCAGACUCUUGACCUGGGCCGUUGGGCGGUGGGGUAGAGAAGAGCCCGGCUCAGCCUUACGUUUUCCUGUUUGACCAAAGAUUGCCCAAGACUGGGAUUUCCCCCCUCUUGGGAGUUGGGGUUGUGGGUAAGUGGAGGUGGCCUCCGGGCCUGUUGUUCCUCUUCUGUCCCCUGUUCCUCCCUCAUCUGUACAGGAGGCCUCUGGGGCUUCCUCUGUACCUGGCAAGGAAGGGCCUCUGAAGAUGUUCCCGAACAUUCCUGCCAGGCUGGCUUGGAGCAGGGUCUCCCUUAGGCAUUUCUCACAUUUGAAGUCCCCGAUGUCUUUGAGCAUCAUCCCUGACUUCGAACCACCGGAUGUCACCCGUACCGUCUCCCAAGGUGACCCAAAUGUCCCUGCACAGCAGAUGUGCCCCACCAGAGAACCACUGGCUUGGGGGAGGGGCUACCAGCUGUUCUCUUCAUGCUGAGGUCUGUUCCAUGGCCCUGUCAGAAGCACACGGCUUCCUACAGCCCUGCUGGAGUCAGAUCUCACACUCUGUGUUUUCUGACUUUUCUCUGCCCACUGCCAGGAGACUCUUUUUUUUAGGAAGGCAUCCUGUGAGUGCCCUGGGGAUCCAAGCAGUGUUUGUAGGCGGGAGGUAGGAACUCCUGAGAACCCGACCCUUCCUACCCUCCCCUAAGGGAGACCUCACAGCCAUCACCUGUGGGCCUGGGCUCAGAAGCCUGCAGAUGUGUGUGUUUGUGGAAGUCUGCAGAUGUGUGUGUUUGUGGAAGCCCUGCUCAGGUACACUAGUCUUCUCUAAGCACUUUGUUCUCUCGGGACAGAGGAGGGAUGAGCCGGGGGUUGGCCCGUGGCGGGAUUGGUCUGUGUUCCAUGAUGGUGAGCUGGGACCAGGGUUGGGGCUGAGAAUGGUUCCUCUACACCUUCAUACCAAGACCCACUGAUCCACACACCGACCCCGAAUGAGCUUUUGGACCUGCCCACUGUCCCUCAGUAGAGCGGUCUGGGGGUGCAGCAGAAAUCAAGAGUCAUAACAGAAUCUCAUCCCCAGGACCUACAUACAUCCUCUGGGGCAAUCAAGGAAUAGCAAGUAGGAAUUCAUAGAGAGGAGACAUGAGUUGUUUGAAACAUCCCCAGGGGGUGCCUUGAACCCCAACUCUGCAGGCUUGUGAUGUCCUCUCUCGUCAGCCCUCCUGAGUUAAAACCUUUGCCCUCCACCCAGCGGGUAGGGUGGACAGAGAGAGAGUCCUGAAUGGAUCUCCAUGGACAGCCCCACGUGUGCCCAGGGCAGCAGGAAGGGAGGCCACCCGGUGACCACAGUCGCCUCCCAGCCAGAUCCCCGCCCCGGCUUCCCACGAUGGGAGGAGAAAGGGUCGUCCGAUAAACGUUGGUUUUGCCACGGGGCCUCUGGCACAAGGGGGUGGUAUUUUAGCACAGCCGGGUCCGGACCUCCUGACCCUGAUUUAUUUUUGUAACUGGCCAGUGUGGAGUAGAGCACAAGAUCUCCCUCCGACCCGCGUCGUGCCUCCCGAGCGCGUGUGCUUGUGGUUCUGAGUGCCUCGUAUUUAUUCCACUUACCAGCUGAUGUCUGUGUGUUGUGUUUUCUCCUGUCCUGGCGCUGGGCCUCGGGGGAGUGUCCCCCCUGCCCAGGGAGUUCUCUGCUUAGUGUUGCCCAAGUGUCUUGUAAGUGUUUUCUGAAGAGGUGGCUCUAUUCAGAGCAAAUAUAGCCGAGUGGAAAAACCUAA